AUGCUGUCUUCAUCCAGCCCAUAUUCACAGACAUUAUCACCUACAAAAUCUUUAACUUCAAACGAUAUAGAGUCCAAUGGUACAGUUGAUAUCUCCAAAAGCAGGCAGUUGUUGAAGUCAACUAACGAAUUUGGGUCUGUUGUUUUGACUCCACGGAAAAGAGCAUUAGCAAGAAAGAACAAAGAUAAAGAUCAUAACCAGAAUAAUAACAAGUCAACUGAAGAUGAGGAAUCAACAUCUACACAUGCUUCUGUUGGUACGUUAUCACCUCCAUUAUCAACACAUAGACAAAUUGGAAAAGCUACUUCACUUAUGAACCUAAAAUUAGGUGAUCCUGUAAAUAUUAAACAAACACAAGAUUACGACCCAGAAGAAAGAAUAACAUUAUUUCAAUUUCCAAAGGCAAACAUAUAUACAUUUGAAGAUAAUUCGGAGACAUUGGAUGAUAAUCAAAAACAAGGAAGGUUACUUGGGCAUGGUGUUUUUGAAGUUUAUCAAAUGCAUAUGAAAAAAGUUAGUUAUUUCCAUUGUGGGUCUGUGGUAUAUCCAAUUUUUCCAAGGUUAAAAAUACUCAAAAUAUCUAAAAACCAAUUUAUUUUACCAUUGUCUAAUCCAGAGCGUUAUUGGAAAAUAAAUAUUGAAACAAAUGAUGAAUCAGUGAUAACAGAAUUGGAACGUGUUUUCAGAGAUAUAUGUCAUUUCAGGAACCUUUAUAUUAAACCAUCAAAUGAAUCACUAAAUACAAUCAAUAAUGAUAGUAUUAAAACAAUACCCACAUCAAAAUCAGAAAUUUCAAUAUCGUCCAUAGCAUCUGCUGUUGCUUGUUUUAAUCUUGAAUCGGACUCCAGCACAUUUGUCGAACAAUUUUCAUCAAAAUCAACUCCAGUUGCUAAUCCGGAUGGUUCAUUUACUGAAAGAGAAGAAGGUGAUGAUGAUAAUGGUGAUGAUAAUGGUGAUGAUAUACAAUCAGUUGUAUCCUCAUUGGAUUCUGCAUUAGAAGAUUUCAAAGAACCCUUCAAACCAUUAGUUUUUAAUGAUAAUUUUGAAACAACACAUUAUUAUACACCAAGAUCUUCUGCACAUCAAACUACUAUAAUGGAUGAAUCAAGAGACACUAUAUUACUCUCGCCAACCCAUUUUCCAAACCAAAAUACUUCUUUUUUCAGUACCCGUCCAGCCUCAAGAUCUUCGCGUUCAGCUUCUUUAUAUAUAUCAGAAUCAAGUUGGAUGGACCCAACAGAUGAACCACAAACUUCUACACCGGGUACUGAAAGGUAUAUUAAACAUAACUUAAAUCCAAAUCCAAGAUUUAUAGAUUCAAAAAAGAAACAAAAUUUUGAAAAAAGGAUAAUGACUGAUCCUAUAAUAACGAAGAAAAAGAAUAAUAGAUACAGUUCUUAUGAUAUUUAUAGUAUAUUAUGUGAUGAAAAUAAUGAAGUUAAAGAAGAAUCUCCAGGUUUAACAGGAUUUAUCAAAUCUUUUUUUUGA